AUGUGCUCUGCUUGGCAAAGCAGAUCCCUGGAGCUCAUGCCAAAUGAGAGCAGGUCAGAAAUCUCAGGACAACACAUGCAGCUUCCAGAUUCAGGGAUAAGCACUGAACCAUUGCUCCAGUCUACAGAGAGCACCACAUAAAAACUUUACAAAUAAGAUGCUCAAGAAGAGAACAGAAAAGAAAAGGAAGAUAGCAGUCAAUUAAAAGAAAGGGAUUUCUCUGAAACUUUUUCUGCUGCUAAAAAAGAACAAGGAGAACAACUAAAGGAGGAGAUUUCUUCAUCUCACUUUGGCAUAGAGGGGAAGAUGAAGACUGGAAAUAUAGAAGCCAGAGAAGGAAGACAGAGACCUCCAGAGCAGAAGGCUGGGAAGAUGAGGCGGAACCAUAUGUAUGUCUGGAGCAAGCCAAAAAUAACACCUCCAAAGGUUUUUCUGAAAUGAAGAGAGGACAUGACUAGGCUCAGAAAAAUUAAACAGAAGCUUUUAAAAGAAGACAGCAAACAUUCCAGAAGAGCUGGUUUGAAUUACUGGGGUAAUUUCUCCCAGUUUGACCGAGUGAACAGAGGCAUACUGCAGCCAGGGGAAUGCUCUCAGCUAAAUCUGCAGAUCAGUAGCUCCAUGCAGAUGGAUACACAUGAAAAAAAAGCAGACUGGGCUUUGGCUGACAGGGAGAGAAAGGUUAAGACUGACUGUGAAACAAAAGUAGUUGGGCAAAGUGCAGAAUAAAAAUUACUGUUUGCGGGAGAUGAAGACUCAAAGGCAAAUCUUGGUGACUCACCACAGAGAAGAUGGCCUGAAAUUCUGCAACCAUGUCCCAAAACAGUGACAGACACAAACCUACAAGUAGGUGAGGAAAUGGAACAUCUCUUGAAUCCUCUAGGAAAAGCAGGCAAAACUGCUGGAAGAUCUGUGGAGGGUACUCUGCAAAAGGACCUAGGUAGGUUGGAUCAGCCUCUGGAAGGUCAUCUCAUAGAGGGAGCAAAAACCCCCUAGGAAGUCCUACAGAGGCAUUUUCCACUCCAGGAUGUAGAUACAGAUCACAUCCAGGAGUCAGAGUGGAGUGCAGGUCCUGCAUUCACAUACGGUUAGAAGUGGGUUCAGGUCUGCCCACAGGAAGUUGUUGUGGGGAGCCAGAACUCAAAAACCCAAAGGCAAAUCUGUACUCGGUUUAAGAUGGUAAAUGACAAGAUAAUAUCAAUUACUUGUAGCUCACCUGAGGCUGUGGAGAAGGGAAGCUUAUCCUCAACCUUGCAGUAAGAGUGGAAAAGGAAGGGAACAGUUUUAUCGACACAGCAAGUUUCAUUGUCCUGUGAGUCAAGCUGCUUACCCACAAGAAGGGAUGAUGACCCCAAAUCUCCCCAUGCUCAAUAUCCCUCCCAGCAUGUGCCUCAGGGAGUAGAUCACAGACAUUUGGAUCUUUCUGAUGGUGAUUAUGCUAGUGAUAAACCCAGUGGAACAGAAAAAAUCUCUGUUAGGAAAUACAGCAGAUCACCAUCAAGAAAACAAUCUAUUCACACAAUUUCAGGUCAACAAGAUGUCUCCUGCAGCAGAAGCAACAGUGAUUCUACUGCUGGAGCUGCUGGUCUGAAAGGGAGCAAGGCUCGCUCUUCUUUUCAGCAGUUCCUAUUUCAUCUCGCAAGAUUGAAAAGGAGAGAGCAUGAGCUUGAGUCAAAGAAUGGGAAUAGGGCCAGCAAUGUUAAAAGCUUACAUCUGCCAUCUUCAAGAGUGGAGAUUCCUACUUUCAAAAUUAAAGAAACCCCUGAAGUGGAGGAACUACAGCAAAAAACCUGUUUGCAGACCUGUUAGGUUCUGUGUAUUAUCAUAGAUACCUGUCCAGAAGAAACCUGGAACAUCCUUAGCAGAGGAUUAGAGACUGAUGUACACCACAGAAAAAUCCCUUCACUGACUGUGGUGAGAGAAGAACAUGAGGAAGCAACACAUUUUUGCAGAAAAUUAAUAGACCAGCUCGAGACUGUCAGGAGCCAGGAGUUGACUCACCCUUUGAAACACGAUAGAGACCAAGCUCACUUACUGUAGAAAGAAAAAAUUGCCCAGAGCAAGUUCAAAGGAACAGCUAGAGUCACUGGAGACCAUGUGAAAUCAGAAGAAAUGCAAAUAUUAAAACAGCAGAUUGCUGGACUGCAGGAGGAGUUCAAGAGAACUGAGUCCUACUGGCAUGCUGCCUGCAGCAAACUGAGAGACCAGGUUGAGUUGCUGACCAGGCAGAAUAUGGAGCUUUGAGUUGAGCUCAGAGUUUCAGAACAUCAGAGACGGAAAGCAGAAAAAAAACCCCAAAGCUAUAACUUCCAUGGACAGAAAAUCAGGCCCCCUGAAGCUAUUCUGUGAGGGACAGCAUCUUCAUCCACACCAGAAGAAAGUUCAUGGAGAGAUAAUCACAAGAGCCACAUGGUCUCUCACAUGGGGCUGAAGACAUCUUUGCAAAAACACUUCCUCAGAGAUGUGAAUAAUAAAGACAUAAAUAGCUCUGUACAAAAAGGUGAUCCUUUGAGAUCAGUGACAAAGGAACAUCAAGAAGAGAAAACAUCUAAUUGCUCCAUUGGUAGAAACACAGCACCAGCUGGCAGGAGGACCCUUCAUCAGGAAAGACUUUUGAAACAGAAAAAGUAAGCCAGCAGCAAGGUUGUACGUCAGCCCUCUCCUACUGGAAGAAGAUAUAAUGGUAGGAAGUCACCUGGAGCUCUCUCACAUCUGAGUGUGUGUUUCAAGGAGCUCAGCUCACCUUCCUGUGUAAAAGGAAAGAUCUGGAUACUUUUGCCCAUUUCAUAUAGCUCAGAAGACACCUUCCUCUCACAUAACUACAGGAAGGACACUUGCACCUUUGCAUCCUGCAAGAACAAUGAAGAAACAGAGGAAGGAGAAGAAGCUCUUAAAAAGACAGGAAAAUUGCUAAGAGCUCAGAAUAAAGUGACUUUUGUGACCCCACACAAGAGAAAUGGCAUAGCUGCAUAUGACAACAAAGUAUCUACAGACAGUCCUCCUGCUUUUCUGGAUGAUGAAGUAAAAUCUCCAAAAUCAAUAUUAUCUAGAAGGUCAAAGUUACAUCAAUAAAGGAGAAAGCAUGGGGAAGAGGUGCAGGAAAAAAUAGAGUAUCAUGAUGGAAAGGUAGAAGAGGAGCUUUCUGAUGGACACCGAAUCCUCACUUUCCAUGAUGGUACUUAAAAGGAGAUUGGGUCUGAUGAAAGCAUGACAACAAUCAGCUUUUCCAAUGGAGAUGUAUUGAAGAUCAUGCCAGAUCAGAGGGCGAUUUAUUAUUAUGCAGAUGCACAGACAACUCAUACUGCUUAUCCAGAUGGCCUGGAGAUGCUGCAGCUCCCUAAUAAUCAGAUAGAAAAACAUCACCCUGAUGGCGCAGAAAUUGUGUUCCCAGAUCACACAGUGAAAUGCCUCUACAGUGAUGGACUGAAGGAAACUUCUUUCCCAGAUGGCACAGUGGUAAAUGUAGAAAAGAACAGAAAUAAACUAGUGCUAUACAGUGAUGGCCAAAGGGAGAGUCACACUGCACAGUUCAGGAGGAGGGAGUACCUGGAUGGCACCAUGAAAACUCUGCUCUGCAACAGCAGACAGGAAACCAAGUUCUCCACUGGACGACUCCAAAUCAAAGAUGAGGAGGGUAAUCUCAUCCUAGAUAAGAGGUGA